AUGCCUUUUAAGUCGCCGCGGAAUCAAUUAAAAAGGCUAUCAGCCAAAUCCCAUAAGAAGAAGUUAUUUUCGGUAUUUAAAAAGGGAUUUGCUAUUAUCUUAGAUGUUAAAGCUAAGACUUACGGAGCCAAGUCCUUUUCUAAAGGCAAGAGCCGCCGAGCUAACGACCUUAUAGACGCCGAUAAGUUGAAGGAUUUUAAAGAGAGCUUGCGAUCGAUUGAGUUGUCUUUUAACGACUUCGAUUUAAGUGUAAAGAUCAUUUUAAAAAGUGCGAAAUCCACUCGUAAACCACGGUUCACGGGCCAAAUCGACGAUCUUAAAGCAUCAUCUUCUCAGCCGGAAUCUUUAAACCGCGCAUUCGAUAAGGCUAUAGAAGCUUUAGCUGACUUGCUUAAAGACGAGGAUAACCUAACUAGUGGCUUUAGACUUUAUUCUGGCCUCGCUGACCCUCCGUCGGCCAAGUUCACACUUAUCAACGAUGCUACUAACAAGCGUAAGAACGACACGCGCUCCUUUACUCUUAAGGAUACUGCUGCUAGCACGUCAUCGUCCAAUGCUAGCCUUGCUAAGAGAAGAAGACCUUCCCAGUCUGAAGAGAACGAAAGAGUUGAGGACGUAAGCACGGAAGGAGAUCAUAAGGAAGCUGCCGAAGCGUAG